UUUUUUUCCGAAAGAAAUUGGGGAAAAAUAUAAAAAUUGACGGAGUAUUUCCAUCUGACUGAAAAUUCCGCAAAAUAAAAACACCGCCGCACAACUCACAGACCCUCCGUCUCUGAACACCGCCGCUCCUGAUGGCUUUGCGAGGAGUUUGGCAACUUCAGAAGCUCAUUGUUAGCUACAGCGAUUGGGGUGGAAGUAGCAGAGGUAUAAGGGCAUUUAUGGAGUCGCAUUUGCCAGCGUUUAAGGAGUCGAAUCCUCAGUUAGAAGUGGUUACUGAAAUGAUUCGUGGUCAACAUCCACAUCUAAAGGCUUUUUACAAGAAUCAUAACGAGCGAGUUGUAUGUGUGAGGAAUAUGGAUGCGGAAGAGGUACUUCUGCAUGCAACCAGGCUAAGGAAUGCACUUGGAAGGAAAGUAAUUAAACUGAGGACAAGACAUGUAACCAAACAUCCUAGUGUGCAAGGUACAUGGACAACUGCUUUGAAAUAUUAGGAUGAGAAAAACCAGUUGUAUGAGAAAGUUGCCUUUCUCUGGUCACUUAAUCAAAUGUUUAUGAACUGGUGAGCAUAAGUUCUCAUAUUGUCUGGUCCGAUUGCCAGGAUUUCAAUAGUUCAGAUGCCUUUUUCUUUAUUGAUUCCGUUAGUUAAACUUCACAAAUUAGCCUGUUAAGUCCCUAUUUGAUUAACUAUAAUCUGAUUUUGGCUAAGAAACUGAGUUUGGUUUACAUCGUUAUGUAUUGUUAGUUGAUAAUAAUAUGUAUCAGAUUCAUCAGAGAUCUGAAAUUCUUUUGCCUUUGUACUUCGUUAUCUCUUGAGUUGAGUUAAUCAUGUUA